UCAAAACAGCAGUCUAUCGUUGAAGUCCGAAGAAAGAACAUUAUUUUUAUUGCCUCGCGAGCGAAAAAAAAAAAUAACUAAACGGGAGUGUCAAAUCGAGAUCAUUCUAUCGAAAAGAAAAUUAAGUCGUAAUUUUUAGAGGAAAAACAACUUUAAUCCGUAUAGUAGCCGAAGGGGAACAUAAUUUCUGAUCAAAACUCGGCCCUACCUGCAAUCAAUCGCAAUGGCCACGUCAUUCUCAAAUUUUUCCUACGAACGAUUCAUGCGGAACAUGGGUCAAAAUCUGGAGCCCAGUGUACGGUAUCACCUUUCGAAGGUGUAUGCCUGUCUUACUGCCACAUGCGCCAUGGCCACAGUUGGAUCAAUUAUACAUCUGCAAGGCAUCUGGGAGGCCGGUAUACUCAGUGCACUCAUCUCACUGGGCCUAGUGCUAGGAUUGGUUUUCACACCUGACAAUGGCAAAAACUUUAACCUGCGUUUGGGAUUGCUGCUUGGAUUUGGGGCAUUCAGCGGUCACUCUUUGGGACUGCUGUUGGAACAGGUCAUUUUCAUCAAUCCGGCCAUCGUCGUAACGGCUCUUGUCGGAACAACUACGAUAUUCACAUGCCUGAGUGCCGCAGCAGUGCUAGCCAAACGUGGUAGUUAUCUGUUCCUUGGAGGCAUCCUGAUGAGCACACUCAGUGCAAUGGCUCUCAUUAGCCUGGGUAAUUUGCUGUUCCGCUCGUACUUUGUACAAGAGCUCAACUUGUACGUUGGUUUCGCGGUAAUGUCCGGCUUCGUUCUGUUCGACACUCAAAUGAUCAUGGAGAAGCACCGUAUGGGUAGCAAUGAUUGCAUCGCACACUCACUGGAUCUAUUCUACGACGUCAUCAGCAUUUUCCGCCGUCUGUUGAUUAUCCUUACUCAGAAAGAACAGAACAACGAGCGCAAGAAGAAGAAGAACUAAGCUCAAAUGGGACUGAACAUAACAGUUUUUAAAAUUAUUCUGUGUAUGCACGGUAUUAAUUGCGAUGCAACGGUAACUAUGGAUGCAUCUAUUUGAUACAUCCAUCAUUACGAUCCCUUCUAUUCAUAGGCCAGUUCAUUAGAGCAAUGUGAGAAUACUCUUCUGGAAUGGUUUGGGUUGAUAUUGAAGUCAGUAAAUUUGGUAAGUCCACAGGAGUCUACAUGUGACGACACACAGCGUUCUAAAUUCUAGAGAAAAAAACAUGUUUUACUAUACCAUUACAUGUGUUUGUUCAUCAUUACAAAUCAGUCAUGAAAUUUUAAAAUAA